AUGAGAUCACAGCAUGCUGAAAGUCAAGCAGCAUCAGUUAGACCAAAUUACAGUGAAAUACCGAGGCAUACGUAUAGAAACAAUGCAUCGGUGAUUUCUUCUCAUAUAAUGGUCCCCAGUUAUUCACAACAAAGGGUGUUACAGCAGGAACAGCAACAACAAAGAUUUCCAACUUCCGGUUUCCAGAAUCCUUCGAGUGUGAUGCAGACUGGACCAGUAAGAAAUACCCUAUUAAAUCCAAAUCUGGUCUCACCAAACCAAGCGUCGUUAGGAUUUAAAAGGCUGUUAGCUGAAAUGCGCACGAAACAUUUCGACUCCAUUCGUUUUGCUGCCUAUCGUACUGCAAGCAAACUUCGAUUUAUUCAACAACGAACAUUAUUUAAUGUCAUGGAUUUGUGGAAAGUAGUAGAAACGUUUCGAGAAUUUGGUUUACAUCAACUGAACGAUCCUCAAGCGAGCCUGGAUUAUGCAAGCACAUUCCGUUUGCUAUCUCGCAUAUAUUCGUAUAUUCCUACAAGCAUCUUGGAUAUAAAUAAUCAAACUGAUGAUACACAGUCUGGUCACACAGUUGGGCCUUCCUUGCUAAAUGUAGCAGCUGAGAUUCUCUUUGGUUGGCUUGUUUAUGCCUUAGACUUAUGCGCAACUGGUCGUUUCAAUGUAAAUGGACUUAAAGUCGCCCUGUCAACGUUAACUAAUGCGAGACCAGCUGACAAAUUCAGAUAUCAUUUCACUCUCCUGUCAGAUCCAUCUGGUGCUUUAGUCUUUUCAAAGUUUGAAGCUUAUUUGCAGGAUUUGUUAAAGUUGCCAAUAAGUGUUUUUGAAGGCCUAAAUUUUUAUCACACAUUACAAGCUACGCACACAAUGUUCACUGGACGUGCAAAAAAUGUAGUUCUAGAGGAAUUUUUGGAUCGUAUGCUAUCCGAUCAAGGACCACAAGUAUUAGUUUGGCUUACAGUUUUCCAUCGGUUAUCCAGUGUCGAGAAUGUACGUCAUAAUGUACGUUGUGAAGGUUGUAAACGUGAACAAAUAUGCGGUUUACGAUAUAAAUGUACUCGAUGCCCUCGUUAUAAUUUAUGCCAAGACUGCUUUUGGGUUGGUGUCACUACAGAUCAACACACAAAUGCACAUGAUGUUAAAGAGUAUAGUGCAGCUUCAAAGUCACAUUCUCGUCAAUUUGGGCAUUCUCUGAGGAAAUCCUUUCAGUUUGGACGGUCUCUGUACAGUUCAGUAUCUUCAGGAUUUGUCAAUACAGCUCCUUUUGCAGGAGGGCUCAGUGAACGACAAAAGCUUUCAGGAAUCCACGUUAACCGUCGUCCUCAUGUAGGAUCCAUUUUUGAGUGGAAUUCGGGACCUGCUGCAUCAAGUGUUUUAAAUACUUGCGUAAAUGGUAGUAUCCCAGCUGGACAACUACCAACUAUGCCAUUAGAUGUAACGACAAGCAUUUCUGUUACGUGUUCUGUAAUGCGACCCCCUGCAACCCAGAGGGUUGUGGCACCAGUAAAUAGUUUAUGUAGUCCACUACCAAAUCGACGCCUACAACAACUCAAUCCGUUGUUUAUGUUGAAUAGGUCUUCUGUGGACACACCCAAUGUUUCAUGUAUUCAUCUACAGCCUACGCGAGUUUCUACGAUGUUUAAUCAAAUAAAUGAACUCAAUCAGGGAUCGAACAAUGCGGAGAAGAACAUAAUGGCUGCUACGUUUUACCCUAACACAAUGCAGCAGCAGGAUGUGAUUACUGUAAACUAUUUGAGAUCAGAAAAUGGUAUACCAUACUCUGAUGUACCUUAUGUUAACCAAUAUGUUUCAGAUACAAAUAAUCCACCGAGUGCAAGUCACCAACCGUUGUCAUCAUCAUCUUAUCCUCAACCUGUUACAUAUGUGAAUCAGCAGUAUCAACAACAGCAAGAAAUAUCAAGUGCAACAUCCCAAGUACUAACUACACAGACAAUAAGCACAACAUCAAUAAGUAAUAAUAGUUCAUUUAGCACGAAUACGAAAGUCAGUUUUUCAAUGAAAAUGCAUAACAUGGAUCAAAAGUCUAGCGAAGAACACGCCUUGAUUGCUAGAUACGCCGCUCAACUGGCUGCCGCUUCCUCUCUGAAUCAGGAAUUCGAUAAACUAGGUGAUCUUGUUGAUUCAACGCAAACGCAAAAACAGCUGAUUGCACAAUUGCAAGAGAAAAACAGGAAAAUACUGAGAGAAAUCGAACGUUUACGUAUUGAACAACAGAAACAAGCAGCAUUCAUAGCUGCCGCUGGUUGUCUCAAAAAUGAUUCAUCUCAGUUAAAAGACUUAUUUAAUGAAAGUGCAGACACAUUAGGUCAAGAAAAUUUAGCACAACAUUUAAAGCCAGAUAGUGUAAUAUCAUCUGUAGCCAGUGCUUCGGCGAACGCAGAAAAUCCUCGUCUGGUUGCUGAUUUGAAGGCGAUACGUCAAAGGAAAGAUGAGUUGGAAUCCCGAAUGAACAACCUACAGCGUAGUCGUACUGACUUAAUGCUGCAGCUUGAAGCACUCGUAAGACUUUUAUCUGUGAGCACAGGGUUCACUAAUUCACAUGAAAACAAUCCUUCAAUAGUCUCGGAUCCAUCCCUGUUAUAUGAAUCGAACGGUAUUAGCCGAAAUGGGCAUGGUUCACGCCUGGAUCAGAAAUCACAAGACUAUCCACCUAGACGAAGUACAAGUCUAUGCCAUCCAUCAGCAGGAAGAAAUUACUUGGAAAAUUUUCGCCCUGCAGCAACACCAGAAUUCGGGGAUGUCCCACUAAAGGAGUUCUCAUUCGAUAACGGUUAUGGUGCUCAUCAAAAACCUGGUUCAUCAGACAUAAUGCGGAAGUCUCUCUCGCCAUUAAAAGCGAUUAUCACCGAAGACAAAGGGUGGCAACGAAAUUUUCAGAAAUAUGAAAUGCACCCACCAACAUCCGCUUUAUAUCGAGAGUCGCCAGAACUACACCAGAACGCCUCCGAUAAUAUAACGGAAAAAUACAAAGACUUUUCAUAUAAAGGAUCAAAUAAGCAACAUGGAGCUUCAAAAGUACAUUCUAGUGGAAGAAGAUCAUAUCUAGGAGCUUUAUCAAGUGAAGAAAAACCAGAAUUGUUCAGCCAUAAUUCAACAAAUAUUAGCAGAUUACAAUCAAAUGGUUCGUCGCACCUUGCAAAUCAUUCUGACAGUGGAUCUGAUGCAUAUUUGUACUCAGAUCCUGAACUAUGCUUUACAACCACAUCAGCAUCAUGUCCGUCACAAUCUAGUUCAUCAGUGGUACAAAAAAGAGCGGAGUUAUCACCUCUGUCACCUGCUUCAUCAAUGGCAUGCAAAGAUUCCAACAAGUCAAAAUAUCUCCUAGAUCGCCUGCAUGAUAGAAUCAUGAUAACAACCACAAUCGUUGAUAACUAUGAAUAUUCUGGUCUGCAAACAUCUUCAAUGUCACCAUUGUCGUUUUCUGCAAAAGAAUACAUGAGAUGUGCAAAAAAUGACUCUAGUAAUUUAAAUAUUCCAGCAGCAAGAAAUCCCUAG